GGCGGCGCCGAACACCAGACAACGACCUACGUGCCACUUCUACGGAGAACGGGCGAGACGGAGAGACAUUAAACGACGUUUCUACAUAGUUGAGCACCCGGAGCGCCAGCCGGGCGCCAUACACGUCGCAAGGCAAGGGAGGGGGGUUUGCCACGGUAAUGGAUAAUGGACGAGAGGCAGGAACCAGUGAGUCAUUUGAGCCAGUGAUCGCGGCGAGCGGACGGAGUUUAUGGAAUGGCCGUUCGACGUCAAACGGCCGUCGUGGCAGCACCGGCAGCAGCGGCAGCAGUGGCAGCACAGACCGCGGAGAUCCACAAGCAGGCUCUGAUGUUCUCCUACAGCAGCCACAAGAGCAACGGCAACAGCAGGCCCAGCGGGUUGAUGACAGUAACGUGCAGCAACAGGACCAGCAAACCAAAGCUCCCAUCAUGAAGCACUUGCCGGGCGAGGAGAAGAGCAGCGAGAAUGGGGCAGGUGGCGAGGACAGCAGCAGCAGAUGCAAUGAGAAGGGAGAGGAAAGGCGUGAGGUGGGCUGGGCACCAACAACGACGAACAAGUUCUCGCCAAUGGCGGAGACGGCAGCAGCGUCUUUCGUCCUGAAAGCAGAUGACAGCGCCCAGGUAAAGGACGACGCAGGCAAGCGCGUGUCGUCCCUUACGCGCUACACGUCCAUGCCGCUGUUGAGCGCAGGACCGCACUCCUCCCACAAGCGAGGAAGCUCAGCAGGGGCUUCCCUGACGUCCUUGCUCGGGCCGAACGAGCCAACGCACCACGAUCAGCAGGAACAGCAGCAGCGGCGGCACCAACCGCAGCAGCACAACAUGGUCUUAAUGACGCCGAGGAGGGGGGGGCGCGGCACGGCCACGACAACACCGAACUCCCGGCCCAGAAACCGCAAGAUGCCCUCCAUGCUCGGCAUGCUGCAGAACGCGCAAGACCAGGCAGCGUCACCCGUGUCUACGCUUAGCAGCAAUUCCCACUUUCUCAGCGACAGCAGCCUUGUUGUAGGGGCCGGUGAUGACGAGUCUUCGGCAGCUGCUGCCACCGCUGAUAGGGGUGCCACCGCUGGAAACGAUCCAGCGGGUCCAAGGAGCACCUCACGACGCAUGAAGAUGUUGACUUUUGGCGGGGGCGGGGGGACAUCACAAACCACCACGCGCGCGGCCGGGAACAAAGGAGGGGAGCGACCGCUGUUGACCCCGCUGUCGAUUAACCGGACGCCCAAUUUCUACCACGAGGAAACGACCCCGGCGGUCGGCCCUACAAAGCGACUACGGGACAAGUCCGUGCGUUUCAUUCAGCGGUUGCCGGGGCCCAGGCUGCUCAUGCAGGUCCUCGAGGAAGAAAUCGACCCCAAGAACGUGCGGCUCACGACUCAGUCCGAGCCGGUCAUCUUGAUGGAAGUGAUGCCGGCAGCCCUCGUGGUCUCCCUGCUGGUCUUGACCUACCUCGUCUUCGCCUGCGGUGUGGUCCUCAUCGUGCGGUUCCACCUCCGCGGGACCUCUACCCUCGCCAUGGGUCCGGGGGCAGGGAACGGGGCAGGCGAGCUAUGCGCGUGGGGCUCAUCCUCCACGGCCACCGUUACCACCAGCGGGGGAGAAGGAGACAUUUUCAUUAUCGGAGCUGACGGCCCCGACCCGCACUCCCCGUCCGCCGCAGGAUGCACGGUGCGUUCCCCGGGCCUGUCGGAGCUUUCCCUCGAUUCACCCCUUCUGUCGUCAUCAUCGUCGACCUCGUCCUCCUUGACGGAUGCUGAUGAGGAGCGGUACGGAGCGGUGUUUUCCGGCCAGUUUUCGGGCAUGACGGACCUAUCCGGGAGCGUCUCCCUGCACGUAUCGUUUGCCGACACCGAGGUACAAGAGUCUCUGCCCGACCCGGCCACGGUAGACAUCGCUUUGGAGGCGUGCGUGGCAGGGGUGACGGCCGGGGUAGGUGACAGCACGGGCCAGGCGGUUCUGGAGUGGGGCGUCUGCGAGGAGGGCUGGCAGCCUGUGCUCCUUCCCGAAAAUCGCGGGUACACCAUGUUCAACUUCUACCAGAACCAGGAGACCAUCCGAGGGCAAGCUCUCGUUCGCCAGUAUCGGGUCCAGGUUGGUUUUGUUUCAUCCACUACCAGCUCUAGCAGCACCGGCGGGAGCAGUGGCGGCACCGAGGAGCCUUUCAGCUUGAGCGAGGCUAGGUGGUCCCUUGAGUACGAAACUGGCGCGACAGAGGAGUGGGCGAAGAUUGUCCUAGCGGUCGUGCUGGUGUGCUGGGUACCUGUUUGGCUGGCGUGGUGCUGGACUGUGUUCUACAAGAACGGGGAGGGCGGAUUCAAGAACGCCUUGCACGAGCGGAAAUGGCUGGCUUUCAUGGGUCUCGCGGUGGCGCUCUACCUAAAUCCGAUCAUGGUGGUUGGCAACUUCGUCGCUCCCGGGUCCGCAUCGUGGGGGCUGGCCAGCGAGAUGUCUCUCAGCGUCGCAGUGGCGGUGUUUCUGGUGGUGGCCCUCUGUAUCGCUGACGGGGUGGGCAAGGACAGGGUGGGUGGCGGCGCCGGGGGGUCCCUCGGCUUCUACGUCCCUAAGGUGGUGUUUGGCGUCUUGACCCUGGCGCUUAUGCUGCUGGUGGACCUCACGAGCUUCCCCACCCUCACUGCGAUGGAUCGCGGCUCUCUGUUGGCGGUACAGAACUGGCCUGAAUCCCAGCGGCACGCUUUUGCAGGGGUGGCGUCCGCGCGUAUCUUCAUGGUGAUGCUGUGGGCGGUGUGGAUGUUGUGCCGCAUCUACAUCUCGGGCUGCCUCUUGAGGAAGCUUCCCUACGUGCCGAACCGAUACCAGCAGCUGUCAUACAGAUUCUUCGCCCUCCAGGCGUUCUUGCUGGGUAUCGUGUACGUGACGUUCGCUCUUUGGCGGCUGAUUGACAUCCUCAACGACGACUUGGGCGGAAACACAGUGGCCGCCGAAUUCAUGCUCUUCAUUAAGACCAGACAGGACCACCUCGGAUCGAUGUCGACCUUGUGUGCGUACGCCCUGCAGCUGCUUCUGCUCUUCCUGCCAUCGUCGUUCAAGGAGUCGAAGCUCUUCAGGGAUAUCGCUGUGCGCUUCGUCUACUUCGAAGAACAAGUGCCGGUCGCCAAGAGCAAGAGGAGGGGAGGAGGAGCAGUGGGGGUCGAGGGCAACGCCGGCAGUGGCCAGGAAGGGGACGAAGACCACAUUUUCCAGGGCGGAGCCUUGAACCCGUGGGAUACCUCGAAAACGUCCCCGGGGGAUGUCGGGAAGGAGGAUGAGGAAGACAAACCUCUGUUCUGCGUAGAGACUGCCGCGUGGCUCUUGGAACUGGCGUGGGAAGCUUACAACGACCCGAUAGGGUUCGAGAACCCAAACAACUACCACUUCGGGGUGGCGGACUUCGCGCGGAUGGGGUUCGAGCUGGUGCGGCACAUUCACAACGUCCAGCACGACACUCACUGCUUCAUUCUCAAGGACGUACCGAGAGGGCGUCUCGUGGUAACGUUUCGGGGAUCAGUCGGGACCAAACACUGGAUGGACAAUCUGAGGUAUGCUGAUCCGGCCUGAUGAAGACAGUUGUAUAUGUGAAGUUGCCUCAGUAUGGAUCAUUUUAACGCACUCCUUUGCCCAAGCGGGAACGCCAUUUUGGAGAUAGUUGUUUUCAGUGUCAAUGGUCGCGGUGUGGAGCAGUUUGAGGUUUGUGUGUAUGCAUUGAUCCUGGGGUGUACACGUGCAGACCGUUUUUCCGAACAUGGAGGAUGCAGAGACACCGGGGUGCAGCAGUAAGCGCAUGGUAACAUAUCAUGGCGAAAAAGAUUCACAUUCCCCGUGAGAAUUUUUGUGGAAAGACCAGGCGGGAUCAUAAAGGAGGAAGACCAGGUAGCAUUGCUUUGAACCGUCCUUCUGUUCCGCUCGUAUUUCGCGGUUCUGCAAGAAGGGUUCAAGCCUUUCCCUUCCCUCGUAUACCGAGAAGAAAUUGCUUCGGAAUUGGUCAUAUACGUACAGUUAAAAGUAAACAGUAUUCCUUGUGGUACCGGGCGGGGUAUCUCCCAAAACUCCCUGGUAUCUAAGUUAUGAGUCCCAUCAAGUCGAUUGUUGAAUCACGUGUCGCCAACGAUGUGGUUACGAGUGCCGCACGAUGAAUCGUUCGGCGUUGCUCAAGAAUGACACCCUGCAAGCGUCACGUCCCAUGACCUAUGCAACUUGUUGUCCUUGUUCGGAGAUAUCUCUGACAUUCUUUCUACCAUGUGGUGUGAUAGCUUCUCAUCCGUGUUUUUUUUUGAUGCCAUGGAGUAGGGGGGAGUCCUCAGUAGAGCCUGCGAGGUGCCUGCCACAGUGGACAGGGAUGGGGAAUCCUAGUUGUUUCGCCCUCUGGAUCGUGCCGGGGGCAGGCUCUGGUACCAUGAAGACUCUAUAUGCAAGAUUUAUGGCACACUGCGGCACUGCGGAGCCAUCACGCACAGUACCUAUGUUCCACUCCGCACUUCCGCCCCACC